AUGAUUGAGGCUGUUGACAUUGGACUGGAAUUUGCAGGUGACGAGGAUGAAGUUUCCAGUUUUCAAGAGGAACAUGAGAGGGAGAGACACAGAGCAAAAAGAAGGGACGGUGAUAGAGAGAAAAAGAAGAGGAGGAACGGGAGGAGAAGACGAGCAUCAAGAGCAGGAGAAAGAGAAGAGGAGCUACAGGCCCGGAAUGAGAAAAGAGAGGCAGGCAGGAGAAGGAGAGCAAAGAAUGAUCGAGAAUCAGAAGAAAGAGAGAGGGACGAGGAGGAGCAGGCCCAAAUAAAAACAGGUAAGACGGCAAAAACUAAGAAGAAUAUCAAAAAUAAAAAAACAAGACAAGUGGAGCAGGAGGAGGGAGAAGCUGAAGAACGAAAUGCCAAGGGAAAAAAGAAACAUGGGAGUGCCAAAAAAGAAGAGAAAGACGAGGACAGAGGUAAACGUGCAGUGAAGGAGAAGACACAGGAAGGGAAGAAGAAGACAAAGCACAAGAGAGUAGUUGAAACAAGCUCAGAGCAGGAGAGCAGUGAGGAAGAUGUCGAUGAAGAAGAGGACAGUGAGGAGAAGGAGCUCAGGCCAGAGUCUCUGUCACCGGAGGAGCUGGAGAAGCUGAAGGAGGCCGUGGACGAGAGGAAGAAACUGAUCCAAGGUCUGAGGGGGAAACCCUGGUCAAUGAAAAAGAAACUUGUGACUUUGAGGGAGUCUCAGGAGUUUGUGGAGAAAUAUGAAGGAGCACUGGGGAAAGGGAAAGGCAGGAAGCUCUAUGCUUACAAGGUCAUGAUGGCUAAGAAAUGGAUGAAGUUUCAACGGGACUUUGAAAACUUCAAAACUGCCUGUAUUCCAUGGGAGAUGAAAAUCAAGGAGAUUGAAAGUCAUUUCGGCUCCUCAGUUGCCUCUUACUUCAUCUUCCUGAGGUGGAUGUAUGGCAUCAACAUGAUUCUGUUUGGUCUGACCUUUGGCCUGGUCAUGGUGCCAGAGGCAUUGAUGGGGCGACCUUAUGGCAGCAUCCCAAGAAAGACCGUCCCCAGGGCUGAGGAGGCCAGUGCCAUGGACUUUGCUGUCUUAUGGGACUUUGGAGGUUACGCUCAGUAUUCAGUCCUCUUCUAUGGUUUCUACAACAACCAGCGUGCCAUUGGCUGGCUCAAGUUCCGCAUGCCUCUGUCAUACUUCCUGGUUGGUGUGGGAACAGUGGCCUAUAGCUACAUGGUGGUCAUAAGAACGAUGGCCCGUAAUGCUAACGAGUCGGGGGUUGGAGAUGAUAACAGCUUUAAUUUCAGCUGGAAGACGUUCACCAGCUGGGAUUACCUGAUAGGAAACCCUGAAACUGCAGACAAUAAGUUUGCCUCCAUCACCACCAGCUUCAAGGAGGCAAUCUUAGAGGAGCAAGAGAGCAGAAAGGAUGACAACAUCCAUCUGACUCGUUUUCUGCGUGUGCUGGCCAACUUCCUGGUCCUGUGCUGCUUAGCAGGAAGUGGAUACCUCAUCUACUUUGUAGUGCGUCGCUCUCAAAAGUUCGCCCUUGAUGGACUGGAUAAUCACACCUGGUGGGAGAGGAAUGAGGUGAACAUGGUCAUGUCAUUACUGGGGAUGUUCUGCCCCAUGUUGUUUGACGUCAUCAGUGCCCUGGAGAACUACCACCCUCGUGUCGCCCUGCAGUGGCAGCUGGGUCGUAUCUUUGCCCUCUUCUUGGGAAACCUCUAUACCUUCAUCAUUGCGCUCAUGGAUGAGAUCAACCUCAAAAGGGAAGAGGAAAAGAUAGUAAAGUUCAAUAUCACCACAUGGGAAGCCAGUCUUUAUAAUAGUACAGCAUCAGAAAACAGCACUGGUCCACCCCUCACUAUCCAGCCUGCUGAUGUGCCCAGAGGGCCCUGUUGGGAGACCAUGGUGGGGCAGGAGUUUGUCCGGCUGAUCAUAUCUGAUACGAUGACAACCUACAUCACGCUGCUGAUUGGUGAUUUCCUGAGAGCCGUGCUCGUUCGCUUUCUCAACUACUGCUGGUGUUGGGACCUUGAGGCCGGAUUUCCGUCUUACUCUGAGUUUGACGUCAGUGGGAACGUCCUGGGCCUGAUCUUCAAUCAAGGAAUGAUAUGGAUGGGUGCUUUCUAUGCCCCCUGCCUGCCUGCGCUGAAUGUCCUCCGACUCCACGUGUCCAUGUACCUGCAGUGCUGGGCCGUGAUGUGCUGUAACGUACCCCAGGAAAGGGUCUUCAAGGCCUCUGGCUCCAACAACUUCUACAUGGCCAUGCUGCUGGUCAUCCUCUUCCUGUCCACUCUGCCUGCCAUCUACACCAUCGUCACCAUCCCCCCUUCCUUUGACUGUGGACCCUUCAGUGGGAAGAAACGUAUGUUUGAUGUGAUCCAAGAGACUCUUGAGUCGGACUUCCCUGCCUGGUUCAGUAAAGUGUUCAGCUCUGCCUCUAACCCUGGACUGGUGCUACCCUUCAUACUGCUGAUGGUACUGGCCAUUUAUUACUUGCAAUCCACAUCCAAAAGCUACAAAGAAGCUAAUAUGGAACUGAAGAAAAAACUACAAACGCAAAACGAGGAGAACAAGAAGAAGAACAAACGAGCAGCGCUGAAGGCACAGAUGGACCUAGAGGAGGCCAGAAAAGCUGCAUCACAGACUGCAGAGCAACAAAAGAACAACAACGCGUCACUACAAGACCAAGAAGCCGAUGAGGAAGAAAAUCACGGCAGUAGUCAGAGGCUGUAUCAUGGGAAGAAUGGACGCAACCCCCCUGCUCCUGUUAGAGAACAAGGACUUCCAGCCACCAGAGCCCCUGUCCCCAGGACCUAUCACCAUGGCAACCACGGGGCUCCUGGGUACCUGCCCGGUUUCCCUCGGCAAAGUGAACCGAGGAUGCACAGGGUGCCGAGCCUGCAGAGACACUGA